AUGAAACACUCACCAGACUUGUUAUUCUACAAUCGCCAGAAAAUGGAAACACCCUCUGCGACACAAUCUCCGUAUUUCUAUUUGCUAGAUGAGGAGGAAUUUGCUCCCCAAGACACAAACUUGAGCAGUUUGCCCGAUUUCCCUUACAUAACGAAUACGCUUGAAGCCAAUCCAUUCGCUGCCUUGCCAGACGAUGUACUGUCUCCAUACCCGGACGAGAGCCUCGUCGACACGACUGCGUCUGCCAUCCAGGACGAUCACAUCCCACCAGCUCUGACAGACAUCGACGCUGGGACGUAUAUCGAAAACUAUACGUGCAGUGAUCUUGGACAAAAUGGGAGUACCAAUGACGGAUCACUUCAGAACAGUCUUCCGGUGGGAUGGACAAAUCAACAUUCCGAACCCACAUUCCCCGAAUUGCCGGAUCUUUUCGCGACGAGUACAGACCCGAGCGCCGGUAUCAGAAAGAGCGGGGAAGAAGAAUCAGGACCAGCGCGACCAGGAGCACAACGGUACGGGUUUAGACGGAGUCUUCCCCGCCGCAGAAGCAGAUAUUUUAUCGACAGGUCCGGAAAGCAGGCCAGUCCGGUAGCCAUCCCAUCAGGUGCCAGCACUCCCGAUCCCUUACGGCGUUGGCAAGAAUCUCCUCCUGAAGAUGAAGCGGCCCCAUUGUCCGCUAUCAAAGACGCGGUGCAUGGUUCGUUAUCUGAGCAUUCCACUGGAAUCUCUGACCAAGAUAUCGCCAACGCUUUUCGGAAUUACCGUCGACCAGCAUCCCGAGCAGGCUCUACAACGAGCGCUGGGAGUGCAACCAGUGCGUCUUCUCGACAAUCAGGAGCCUCCAGCAGUAGCCGCAGGACAGCCGAGAAGAAAACAAGUCGCGUGCGCAAGACACGCCAAGGGAAGAAAGACAAAUCACACUCAGAAGAUGAUGUACGUCCAUUCUGCUGCACGUUUUGCUGCGACAAAUUCAAAAGUAAAUAUGACUGGAUGCGCCACGAGAAAUCACUUCAUCUAAAUCUCGAAAAAUGGGUAUGCGCUCCAUUUGGAGGAUCUGUUCUGUUGCCAUCGACAGGUCGGGUGCACUGUGCAUAUUGCAACCAGUUAGACCCAACUGCUGAGCAUCUUAACCAACACAACCACGGGGCAUGUGAUGCCAAACAGCGUAGCUUUCGACGAAAAGAUCACCUUGUCCAACAUCUUCGCCUUUUCCACCGCCUUGAAACUCUCCCGUUAAUCGACAACUGGAAGACAGAAACCACCAAUUUCACUUCCCGCUGUGGCUUCUGUGACUGUCAGAUAUCCAACUGGCCCGAGAGAUACAAACACCUUGCAGGCCAUUUCCGCAGUGGCUUGACGAUGGCUGACUGGCGAGGUGAUCAUGAUUUUCCCGAGUCGAUUGCGGCUCAGGUCACAUGUGCUGUGCCGCCAUAUAUGGUCGACAUGGAAUCGCGAACAGUGGUGCCAUUCUCUGCGUCUAGUGGGCACGCGAAGGACCUUUUCUCUCAAAUGCUCUCACGGGCCUCUUUCAACCGCCGUGAGACUGAUACCAGCACCGAUACUAGCCAGCAGCGGACUCAACCCCAGUCAGAAUUACCAGCCUUACUUGAGCAACUCCAGGUCGAAGAUUCGCCUCUCAAUUCUUACACAAAGAUUCUAACACUUCAUCUAAGUCAUUAUGCGCAGGAGCAGAUCCGUCUUGGUAUCGUUCCUACAGAUGAAAUGUUCCAGCGGGAAGCGAGACGUCUGUGUUACGAUUGUGAUGAUCCAUGGAAUCAGACCAUGGCAGAUCAUCCACAAUGGCUGUCUACUUUCCGAGAGCAGCAUUUUCAAAAGCAUGCGUCUGUUGGGCCUACAGAAGAUGCCACGCUUCAUCCGUCUUAG